GACAGGAACAAGCUAGAUGGAUUGGUAAAGUCGGAACGAGUGUGAUUAAAAAACACAAACAAAAUACAGAAUCAGAAACACGACAAUCUCCAAACUGUCAAAUUGCAUUGACAAGUGCUGCAUCGUUGUCUUCGAUUAAUUUGUUGGGACUGACAAGGGAUAAAAAGAGUUGGUGUGCUGAUUAAUUGUGAAGAUCUGGAGGAAGAACAACCUGUAGGAUUUCUGCUCUGACCUCAAGGAUUUUAAGAGACUGAGAUCGCCCUACAUGCAAUAAUAUAAGCUGGAGUACAGCUGUUGUUUCACUGUUAAUGUUCAAGGUUCCCUUGCAGCUGGACGCUUUUGAUUUGGUCCUGUUAAGUGGCUGUUAAAUCACAAAUGCACAUUACACUGUGUUUAACAACACCUCUGUUAAGAGUCUGUGCACUUUGGCAUAAAGUUAUUAAUCUGCGGAAGUCAGGAAGUGUUGUUGGUGGUCAGAUCAUAUGUCAAUUUAAUAUUUCUGGUAGCUUGAUGUGAUAUUGGUUCACCAGUCAUUUUUCAGUCAUGUGGACCACGAGGUAAAGAUGUCAAUUUUUUCACCCAUUUGGUUUGCUAAAUCAUCCAAAGUAUGAGCUGUUGAAGGCUAAAGAAAAAUAACAUAAAGCACUCUUAGCUAUUGUGAUGUGACAAAUCAGCCCCCCUCCCCCUUUCGCCCUGACGUAGCACCUUUGCUGUUUUGAUGAGGUGAAUAUAUAUUUAGAUCGGCACUUUCCGCAAAACAGCAUUGUGUGGUACAACCCCGCCCUCUGUAUUUUUGUCACUCUGUGUGUGUCUUCAUCUGAAAAUGAGUUCGUAAAUUAGCUUCUGAGUGUCAGAGCAGGCACAACGUGCUGCUACCACAAGCCCUCAGAAUAAGAGACUGAUCAAUCCAAGACUCAGGCAGAGUUCCAUUUCAAAAGACAUUGGAUUCCUUAAUUUGUACUCGGUCAGCCUGAAUGCAAGCCGUCAUCGUCGGUGAACUAAGGGUGUCCUGGAGAGUCACUCAGGCAUUACUGAUCAAACACAUCAGCUACUCUUCCACAACUACACGCCAGUCACAUUGAUCAACAACAACACGCCUCGCAUCACCAUCUCUUCCUUCAACUUACAAUUUCACCUUGCGUGGGGAGUUGACGAGUUCACCCUGCGUACGUUACGCUUCCAUUUCCCUCACUGCACCAUCCUGGAAACUGGAAUUUGGUGAGUUUAUCAGGGAACUGAGUUUACCCUGAGGCUGCUGAGCCAGUGAAAAGUGCAUUGGUUGGGCCCUCUGCACAAACACAGACAAGGACAGGGCCAUCGAACUACAGAGCCUUUGUCUCUGGGUUCAGGCCAUGAGGUUUGAUGCCUCCAUCCACUGACGGGAGACACUGGACCUAAAUGGCGCAGCAUGACUUUGUUCCUGCCUGGCUUAACUUCUCCACGCCUCAGCCCGCCAAGUCCCCUGCUGCCCCCCUUGAGAAGCAUGGAGAGCACUUUCCCAGAGGAGACAGCCGGCCGGGAGUAAACCGCCGCAGACACAACUCCUCUGAUGGCUUUUUCAACAAUGACCCGCUCAGAGCCCCUGGAGGUGAUGGUUGGCAGCAGCCAUCUCUGUUGAGGCAUGACUCUGUAGACUCUGGUGUUGCAAAGGGCAGUCAGGGGGGAUUGGGAGGUGGACCAGGGUGGAAGGAGACCCCCAGCUGGCAUGGGGCACAGAGGGGCCAGGAUGGUCCUCACCACCACCAUGCUCGGCAUAUCAAACGCGGUGGAGGCGAGAGGGACAGACAAGGGGGUCACCGACAGCGUAAUGGAAACUUUCAUCCACGCAAAGGUGGACCAUAUCAGGACAGAUAUUCUGAUGAGGAGCGUAAUGAUGACAAGCUCAAGUUUGUUGAUGAGGAUUUUCCUUCCUUGAACCCAGAGACAACUGGAAAACCAGCAAAUCAGCCUCGUGCUGUCGGGACUCCAGCAGGAGUAUGGGAGAACCCCCCUAGUGCUAAGCAGGCUAUGUCUAAAAUGCUGGUCAUUAAGAAAGUGUCUAAGGAGGACCCCAGUGCUGCAUUCUCAGCUGGCUUUGCCAGUGCUGGCCCUCUACCCGCCAAUGGUUCUAAAGUCCCCAUCACUGGACCCAGUGUCUACAAGAAUCUGGUGCCCAAACCUGCCACUGCCCCCACCAAGUCUGGCCCAUGGAAACCCAAUGGAAGGGAAACUAAAGUGGGUUUGCAUUUUUCUGGACGGGAUUCAGCCUUCACCAGUCCCGUUUCUGUGACCAAACCUCUGACGCCCGUCAGUGCACCUGCACAUGGCACCUCUAAAGAGCCACCCUCCAGCACCACCCCUCCCAUAGACAUAACCCCCUCACGGCUAAAGCUGAUGCGGCGCAGCACAGACCGUAAGAGUGAGUUCCUGCGUGGACUAAAGGAUGAGAGAAACGGGGAUGUGAGUGGCUGCCACAGCCCAGGAGCCCCAGCAGAGGGAGAGGGAAGUACCCCUGAACCAAAAGAAUUUGGAGAAAGUCAUGAAAAUGGCAUCUCCCACUCUCUCAGUGACUCAGACACAGAGCACUUGUCCAGCUCUCUGGAGGCUGAACACAGGCUGCUGAAGGCUAUGGGUUGGCAGGAAUACCCAGAAAAUGAUGAAAAUUUCCAACCUCUCACUGAGGAUGAACUCAAAGAGUUUCAAGCAAAAACUGAACGGAUGAAGAAGAUUGGUCUGGGACGUAAUGGUAUCCUCUUAAAGCCACGUAGUGGGGCCCUGCUACCCUGGAGGAACACCCCUGGCCUGGAAGAGUGCUCUGAGUCCGAGACGAGCAGUAGCAGCCAGACCUCCGAUGAUGAUGAUUCCUAAUGAUGAUGAAACCUAAUGUGGCUUUAAACUCCCCUCCCCAUUUCCAAUUCACUCUUAAUCUGUCUCUCCAUUUCACCCAUUUAUUUAAAAAGAGAGAGAGAGUGAAAGGCUUCUUUUCAUGGACAAGGAUCAUCAGUCAUAUCUCAGUUGGAGAGGAAGAGAAAAAAAACAUUCACUUGUCACCUCAUAGGCAAUGUCUUUCUAUUUGAUUCCCCCUCUCUUUCCUUGUAUGUAUUUUGUUCUUUAUCCUGAACUAGAAAUGUCAAAGAAAGCCACACACCCUCCACCAGAUCUUUUAUUGUUUUGCUCGGGGAAAAGACUAAUUCAUAAUAACACAAAUUAUAACCGUGAUUAAACGUGAAAUAUGACAUCAUCUGAAUGUUCUAUAAAAUGGCUUUGACACCUUUCUAAAAGUUUUUUCCUUUUCGCGAAAACAAUUCUCGUAGCAUUAGUGUUAAGAUGAAACAAUCAUUGUGAGCUGCUGACUGCAACGUUGCUCCCGGUCCCUCAUAGAAAUGAGCUGAAGCCAGUCAUCCCUGCAACAAGAAAGAACUAAAGCAACAUUAAAUAUUUAAUGUUUAUUAAAUGGACUGACACCGUUGGUCUGGCAGCUAGAUCAUCAGUCCGUUUCUGGCUCCAGUUCCGCCAAACUCUGAUGAUUUCCAGUUCUCAUUCUGCAGUAUCAAAAUCAAACAAAUAUACCUGAUUUAAUUUUGUCUGCCAAGUGAGUGAACACAUGUGAGCGUACAUUUGAAACCUAGCUUAAGGAAAUGUUCGUCAUGUGGUGGCUUUUGAAUUAAGGUCAAAUUUGGUUGGAAUGGUCUAAUGUUUUACAUGUGAAGUUAUGGAAAACGUUCAAUUCACUGAGGCUGGGUUCUGUUUGGGAAAAAUGUUCAAAAAAUCAUAAACAGACUGUCUGAUUUUUCCCCCUCAAUAACUUAAUGCAGUUUGAUUUGAACCGUAUUGAAACUGAUGUUUCAGAGUGACUAUAAAAUGGCAUAAUUAAUGCUGUGGCAUUUAUUUUCCAAAGCUUUACAGUCAUUGCAUGUAGAUGAUUAGGGGUAUACAUUAAACACAAAAAAGGUUUAAAGAAUUUAUUUAAUCACAAAACCCUAAUAUAAUCUACCCAAUGGAAUAGAAAUGCAUUAAAAAUGAUUGGGCUUAUGUUUACAAUGCAGGAAUUGACCCAAGUUAUCCAAGAUUUGUAAUUACUGUGAAAUUUGUUUGAGCAAUUCAAUAAGAUGGCUUGCACGCUUUGUUCUGCUAUGUUGGUCUUUAAAUAAUUUGUUGUGAAGAAAUCUUGACGCUGAGUUCUAUCCCUGCUGCUGGCAGUGAUCCAUCUUUAAAAGUUCUUUAUUUCAUGAGGGACUGCUGGUGUAAAUUGUGCAUCUCCUUUUUUUCUUUUUGUACCUUGUUUUUCUCUGAUAGGGUAUAAAAAUGGCUUUCACAGAUUUAAAUUUCUUUUUUUUAAUUUUGGUACAGCUGUAAAAAUUCCCACAUAAAUAGUUUGUUUUUCUUGUUUGCAUUAUAUUGUUUCUGCAGCCUUGAUAUUCAGGGUGGAUUGUAAAAAAUAUAAGAAUAAAAAAUUGUGAGUUUUGGAAGAUUAAGAUUAUUUUGAUAACAUUAUUUACAGAUUUGAGCUGAUAAAAAGGUGUCAUGUAUGGGUUUAUCUGUAUGAGACAAAGCAGACAUAAACUGCAUCAUAAUGAAAAAGAACAGAGGAAAAAUUGUAAUAAAUAUUUUGCAUCAGUU